CAGAUCUCACGGCAGCGAUGCUGUCCGUGCGUUUGCGCAUCGAGAUCCGCAUCGAGAUCCGCAUCGAGACCAGCAUCGAGACCAGCAGGCGUCGUCAGGAAUCUGUGAUCCACGGCGCUCUGUAUACAACAACGAGAGAGCCUGAUCCAGCACCGUCGAAUCGCAAGCAAGCCCAGCCGCCCGCAUUGCAAGCCCGGCUGCUCGCAUCACUGCGCUCGCCGCUCUUUUCUCCGGGAGCAGAACGGCCUUGCUUCGCCAGGCUAUCACUACCACGCAUCAGCUUCUCGGUUCAUUAGACGCCCUCCACAGCCAUGGCUGGUCCGCCGCCUCGUUCAAGCGACGUUGUAUCGCCAACCCAUCCGCCGUCUUGCUAUUCAGGCCUUGCCAGCGAUACAUCCCCCUCACUUCCUGUCGAGGCCGAGACGCACGCCGAUCCCUUUCGGCCAAGAAGUGUGCCAGACGACCCAGUGCAUUUGCCAACGACCCAAUUUGAUGACCACCACCCUCACGGUGCCGCUUCUCCAGAGCCUCAGAGUACCCAGGUCGCUCCGGCAGCGGGUGCGCCUUGUGCGGCCCCUACCCCUGGCUCAGGAGACGCUCGUGCACAGCCGACGCGGUCGGCUCCUGAUGUUCACAAAAUCAGCGUCAGCCCGACGCCCCCUUCAUCAACCCCUCGCGAGGAGCUUGUCGGCAGCGAAGCCCCAGAUACACGGCCAGAUUCGGGAUCGCUUCCGCGGAAGAAACCCGCCGCCGUGCUCAGCCGGCGAGCGACCUUCCAGGGCAACCAGGCUCGAGUCGAUGCCCAAAUCAAAAAGCAGCAGAAUGUCGGCGGCUCGGUCGGCACCUUCAUCGAGCCCGUGGGCCGAACCUCGGUCGUCCGUUCCAAGCACUCGGUGGUUUCGCGAGCGUCGCGGACGUCACAGUACUCGGUCGAAUCUCGGGUCAAGAUCUCCCUCCAUCCGCGCAAGUCCGUGACUGUCGAUGUAAAGCCCAUCCUCGGUUCCGACGGUGGCCAACUCAGCGGCAGCACUUCUCCCAGAGAGUCGCAGGCGCCGCUGCAUGUCUCGAAUCAGAGCAUUGUCGCAUCCGUAUCCAUGAACAACCAGUCGCUCCGGAGCUUGGGAAGCGUGCGAGAGCCAAACCAAAUGUCCACCAGUGGGAACCGACUGCCCUCGAUCAGCCCCGAGGAGGCGAGGCUCUCCAAGGUUGUCCGCCCUGACGAGUCUGUCCAGCCCGAAAAGAACCAUCUUGCUGCUGUGGCCGCCGCUGCAGACUCGCCCAUUGACUCCCGUCCGAUAUCCGUCGUGGGGCCCAUCGACGAGGCGUGCCGAAACAACCCAGACUACUUUGAGUAUCUCUUGCUCUCGCAACGCCACUCGAGCUCCAAUUUCAUUCACAAGAUCGAUUCGUCCGAAGUCGUGUGGAAGGCAGAGGCAAACAAGAUCAAGAUGAUAGGGCCGUAUCUUCUCGGAGACCAAAUCGGAAAGGGCGCAUUCGGCAAAGUCAAGGAAGGACUGUGUUCGGAAACGCUGCAGCGGGUAGCGGUCAAGAUCAUCAACAAGAAGCGCCUGAGGAGAGUGCCGAACGGAGUCGAGAACUCGAUACGCGAGAUCAAGAUGCUGCAAAAGCUUCGGCAUCCCAAUAUCAUCUCGCUUGUCGAUGUCUACUGCAAGGUCGAGGAUCAGGAUGGCAACAUCGGAAUCUUCAACUGGUUCGCGACGAUCGAAGAGGAGCCCAUCUUGUGGAGACUCGAGGACAACUCGGAGCAGGAGCGCUGGGUCACCAUCCUCAAGUGGUAUCUAGUCUUUGACUACUGCCCGUGUUCUCUGCAGACACUGUUGGAACAGUCGGCGGGACAUAAGCUUCCUCCGCCACGGGCGCAGCACUUCUUUGUGCAAAUGAUGGAAGGCGUAGACUACCUGCACUCGCAAGGUGUUAUUCACCGGGACAUCAAAGCCGCCAACAUGCUGAUUACGACCGACGGCGUUCUCAAGAUAUCCGACUUUGGCAUUGCAGAAAAAUUCACAUCCUACGACAAUGACGACAUGCUGAUAACAACCUUUGCGGGGACGCACCAAUUCCUGGCGCCGGAAGUGGCCGAGGGCAAGGAGAACUGUCUUGGAGAGAAGGUCGAUGUAUGGGCAUGCGGUGUUGUUCUGUACAAUAUGCUCACGGGCAAGUAUCCGUUCGAGUUCAACGAAGAGGGAAACAUCCUGGGCUUGUAUGAGAAGAUUAUUGCGGGCCGGUAUGUGGUCCCCGAGGACAUGCCGCCCAGCUUCCAGACCCUGAUUGCCGAAAUGCUUCAGACGGACCCCCAAAAGCGCAUCUCGGUUGGCGAUAUUCUCGAGCAUCCCUCUCUCCAGGCCACAGAUAUGGGCUUCAAGGCUGAGCCGAUCAUGGCUUUUGCCUACCAAAAGCGCCGCGCUGGGGGUCAUGAGGGCGGGGGAGACGGAGACACGCCAUCCAAGAGCCCGAACAACCACUCGACAACCAACCUGGCGCUCGACAAGGGCUCCGGCAACCCUGCAGAUCAUCCUCGGUCUCGACCUGGCUCAGGAGGCCAAUCUCGGUCGCGGUCCCGGUCUCGGUCUCGAUCCCGAUCUCGGUCGGGAUCUGGCUCUGAUCAUGAACAGCGAAAGUCGUCGCACGUUAUACCUUGUAAAACCACAAUGAUCAAGUACCUCAAGCAGCUGUACGAGGAGGAAAUCGACAGGAGCAUGGACGCAAACGGCGAUCUGGACGAGAUGGCUGCGCGCUGUAGCGACGGGACCAGAAGCGACGUCAGCAGCAAAGAAUCGCGGAUGACUCGGAGCUCGCGAAAGAAGAGCUUUCAGGGGUGGUUCAAGCGGAUCUUCAGCAUCUCUGGUACGGACAAGGACGUCGACCUGGAUGAGCACGCUGCCCCAUAGAGCCAGACAAGCUGUGUUGCUCCUACGACCCGAUGCUGGCUCUCUUUCGCACGUCUUCCCUGCGACGUCCAAGAGCCGACGAGGGCUCUAUACCAAUAUACGGCGAUUUAGGGAUGUGCCGUGACUUUCCUGGACGGAAGUACCUCGGCCCGCAUCAUGGUCGCCACCGACUGGAGGCAGCGUGAGUAGCCGGG